AUGAUCUCGAAGCAGGAUAGAGAUAGUUUUCCAGACCUAGUCUUGCUCGGUCUGGCUGUAGCUCUCAAAGUAGGAGUACAGCUGACUCUCAGUGGUGCUGCUUCUCACAGAUCUCAUAAAUUAGAAGAAAUAUUAAGCAAAAGUAUGGAGUCUGAAACUCUCCUUCUUCCCAGAAGAACAUUAAUUCAACAUGCUUUGUUUAUCCAGGCACACACAAAAGUAAGCCCGACAAAAUGUGUUCUUACAGGAGCAAGGAAAGCAGAAGAAAGUAAUAAACAGUCAAUAGAAUGCAUUUUGAAUGCAAUAUUACCUCCAAGAGAAUGGUCGGAGAAUGGCCAGAUGUGGAUUCAACAAAUAUCUACUGUUCCAGCCAUUCGAACAGAUGUGAUAAAUCUGCAGGACAGCUUAGAUAGAAAGCUGCAGCAAAGGCAGGCUCGGGAAACGGGCAUUUGCCCUAUUCGCCGGGAAUUGUAUGCACAAUGCUUUGAUGAGCUGAUUAGGCAGGUCACCAUCAACUGUCCAGAACGUGGACUGCUGCUCCUUAGAGUGCGUAAUGAGAUCCUCAUGACUCUCGCGGCGUAUGAGACCUUGUAUGAAAGUAGUGUUGCAUUUGGAUUGAGGAAGGCUCUCCAAGGAGAUAUAGGAAAAAUUUCACUGCGCCAACAGAUUGAAGAACUUAAACAAGAAAUAGCCACUCUUCAAAAUGAACUCAGUGAAAUGAAGGAUAAAUAUAAUGCAGCUGAGAAACGAUUUACUGAGAGGAAACAGCUGGAUGAUAAGAAACAUUCAGAAGAAAUUGUUAACCUUAGAAAAAUCAAUCAACAAUUGAAGCUGCAACUUGAAGCUGUCAUUACUUACAGGAGAUGAACUGCACCCUGCUGUAUUCCUUACAUGGCAAUAUGACAUUUUGAUGUAUGAUUUCAUCAGCAGUAUU